AUGUCCUCAGCCGCCAACGUUCCACCCGGACAACCCUCCGCCCCACAACCAGCCUACCUCCCCGCACCGGGCAGCAUCCUGUUCCCGCCCACCGAGCUAUACUCGCGCAUCGCAUCAACCGCGACUACGCCCUCAGCGCGCGAGCCUCUCACUACUCUAACGAUCCCACCCCGCAGCGGCGCUGCCUGGCACGUCCCGGCAGGCAGCGUCUUCCGGCUCAGCACGCCCGAGGGCCCGCAGGUCGGUGACCUGAACAUCUGGAGCGCGGCGAACCCGCGCGAGCGCUUUUGGGCUAGCCGUACGCGCCAGCUGCACGCCAGCCAUGUCAGUAUUGGCGACCGCUUGUGGAGCUGCUUACCGUAUAUGCGGCCGUUGUGUGGCAUCGUGGCGGAUACGCUAGGAAGAGAGGGCAGAGGGCGCUGGGGCGAUGCUAAGGGCACCAGUAGAUGGGGUGGAAGGUGCCAUGAUUUGCUGGGGACGAGGUGUGACCCUUACGUAAAUAAGAUGCUCACUGGCCGCACGUACAACUACCACUGCCACUCGAACCUCGUGCGUGCCGUGCUCCCUCAUGGCCUCAACGAGUCUGAUGUCCACGAUGUUCUUAACGUGUUCCAGGUCACGGGUCUCAACGAGCGUGGACAGUACUUCAUGGAAGCUUCUCCCGCCCAGCCCGAUGACUACAUCGAGUUUUUCGCCGAGCAAGACCUGUUGUGUGCGUUGAGUACGUGUCCUGGAGGCGACCUUAGCGAGUGGGGUUGGGUCGGUGUCAAGGAGGGCGAGGGGCUGCUCGAUGAAGCUGAGGAGUCGAGGCGUAUGAGAAAAACUUGUCGUCCCAUUAACGUUGAAGUCUGGAGGAUUGCGGAUGAGGUCAAAGAGAAUGUGUUGAAAGGGUGGGAGCCGCCGAAUAUGAGUAAUUACUCGGGGAAGCAUGGGUUAGGAGUACCUAUGGGAGAGGGCAAAGCGUGA